CCAGGAAGAGAUUUUGCAGAUCUCCUCCCCAGAAGUAGUGCCCACUGCAGUGGGGUCCGUGUCGUCCUGCAAAAUACAGGCUGGGGAAUCCCACCCGGCAGUUCUUGCGUUUAGUCCAAACAGUUGGGGUUGAAUUAAAGGCUUUUUUUAAAAGGACCCUCCAGUCUUUCGGCUUUUAAAAUUCCGAGCCAUGGAGUCUUCCAGCAUUCCUGUUGGGUUGUAACUGGUCAGUCAUCCUUUAUGUCUAGCACUAUGGAAAUAAUGCUGGCAGUGGAGCAAGACUGCAACCAGUAGUUGGCCAUCUGCCAUGAGAGGGUGUCUCCCCCCUCCUCACGUCCACCCACUCCAGCUGUAGCAGUGGAUACAUUCUCUUCUAAAUGUGUACUUAUUUUUAGUGAUUAUUGUUUCAUGUAAUUUAGCGAUUUCAUCUGCACCUCUGGGUGUUGGCAGCACCUGCAGGGGUCUAACAGUAACGGCCUCCCCAACUGAAGAUGUCUAACAAUGGAGUUGAAACAGAAGACAAACCGCCUGCUCCUCCGAUGAGAAAUACCAGCACUAUGAUUGGAUCGGGAAGCAAAGAUGCUGGGACUUUAAACCAUGGCUCAAAACCUUUGCCUCCCAACCCGGAAGAAAAGAAAAGGAAGGACCGAUUUUACCGAUCUAUUUUACCAGGAGAUAAAACCAAUAAAAAGAAAGAGAAAGAGCGGCCGGAGAUCUCCCUCCCUUCAGACUUUGAACACACAAUUCAUGUGGGGUUUGAUGCAGUCACGGGAGAAUUCACAGGAAUGCCGGAGCAAUGGGCGCGUUUACUGCAGACUUCCAACAUCACCAAGUCAGAGCAGAAGAAGAACCCCCAGGCAGUGCUGGACGUGUUGGAGUUUUACAACUCAAAGAAGAUCUCCAACAGCCAGAAGUACAUGAGUUUCACAGAUAAAUCGACAGAGGAUUACAAUUCAUCAAACACGUUGAAUGUGAAGGCUGUCUCUGAGACUCCUGCAGUUCCCUCAGUGUCUGAAGAUGAAGAUGAUGAAGAUGAUGCAGCUCCACCCCCUGUGAUAGCUCCACGACCUGAACACACAAAAUCUAUAUACACCCGCUCUGUGAUAGACCCCCUUCCUCCUCCUACCAGAGAUGUGGCGACCUCUCCUAUUUCUUCUCCCUCGGAAAACAGCACAACAGUGCCUGACAUGCUGGUCAGGAACACGGAGAAACAAAAGAAAAAGCCAAAAAUGUCAGAUGAAGAGAUCUUGGAAAAAUUAAGAAGUAUUGUGAGUGUGGGCGAUCCAAAAAAGAAGUACACGUGUUUUGAGAAGAUUGGACAAGGAGCCUCAGGUACAGUUUACACAGCAAUGGAUGUAGCUACAGGCCAGGAGGUUGCAAUCAAACAGAUGAAUUUGCAGCAGCAGCCCAAAAAAGAACUGAUUAUUAAUGAAAUCCUUGUGAUGAGGGAAAACAAAAACCCCAACAUUGUCAACUACUUGGACAGUUACCUUGUAGGAGAAGAGCUCUGGGUGGUCAUGGAGUACUUGGCAGGAGGCUCUCUAACAGAUGUUGUGACAGAGACCUGCAUGGAUGAAGGACAAAUCGCAGCUGUGUGCCGAGAGUGUCUCCAAGCUCUGGAAUUCCUCCAUUCAAACCAAGUUAUUCACAGAGACAUCAAGAGUGACAACAUCCUGCUGGGAAUGGAUGGCUCUGUCAAACUAACUGACUUCGGCUUCUGUGCCCAGAUCACUCCUGAGCAGAGUAAACGCAGCACCAUGGUGGGGACCCCGUACUGGAUGGCACCUGAAGUGGUGACGCGGAAAGCAUAUGGGCCCAAAGUGGAUAUCUGGUCGCUGGGGAUAAUGGCCAUCGAGAUGAUUGAAGGAGAGCCCCCCUACCUCAAUGAGAACCCCCUGAGAGCCCUGUAUCUCAUUGCUACUAACGGGACUCCAGAACUGCAGAAUCCGGAAAAGCUUUCACCCAUAUUCCGAGACUUCUUAAAUCGCUGUCUUGAAAUGGAUGUGGAAAAGAGAGGUUCUGCGAAAGAGCUGCUACAGCACCAGUUCCUGAAAAUUGCAAAGCCUCUAUCUAGUCUCACUCCUCUGAUUAUUGCAGCUAAAGAGGCAGCCAAGAACAACCAUUAAAGUGGUGGAGUCAACACAGUCGUCGUGUCAAGACUUUUAGGAUGUUCAUUUCAGAGAUUGAAUUACCUGCCCCUCUCCCCUUCUGCUCCUUCUUCACAGGGGUGUUCUUAAAACUUUGAUCUGCCCUGAAGGGUGGCAGAGGUGUUGUUCACUGAAUGUGGAAAGGCACGCAACAGGGACAUUGCUGAUCCUACAUAGUGAACUGUCUUUCCAUCCUCAUGAUGGGGGUGAGAGGGGAAGUGUUUUUUCUAUGGUUGAGAAGAUCUUUCUGAGAACGUCUGAACCUGACCUACACGUAGCGAAGCCAGUUUGUUUUCAUAUUUCUUACUGUGUUUAUUUUUAAAAAUAACAUGGAGCCUUAGACCAUGUUUAUCUUAAUAAAUUAAAUCUUUUGCUGGACUUUUCCUGCUUCUGGCAAGCUGCUAUUACACCACUGAGGCUGCUCUGUGCUUUGGAUGACUUGAGGAGGGAAGGAAGCAGGCAGCAGAAAUGUGAACAGCUGUAACAAAUGAAAGGGGAACGAGGGCGUGAAUACGCAUCCCUCCUACAGCACUGCUGGAUCCUUCAAGGGAACAUGGAGAAAGCCCCUGUGUUGCUUCCUGCAGCCAUUGGAGAACUUACUUCAUGUAUGAUCUUUUUGCCCGAUUUUGUGAAUUGGGGUCCCCCCUCCCCCUUU